UAAAACUAAAAUUUGGUAGAAUGUUCAAGACAUUAGACGAUUUGAAGAGUGAUAAAAAGGAUAAAAAUGAAGAAGAGAAAAAGAAUGUUGACUGGUAUUCAGGAGGCAACAGCAGCGGUAUGGCUGUUUCUAGUGGAGAUGAAGUUGAAAAGAUAGUUAAUAAAGCAAAGGAAAAUACCUCCUCCGGUGAAGGUCUAGGCGAUAGAGAAAUCCAACUGAAGAUCUCCCUCUAUGAAAACGGAUUCUUAAUUGACGAUGGCGAGCUCAGGCCUUAUGAGGGAGAUAAAAAUAAGCUCUUUAUCAAGGAACUGAGUGAUGGCUAUGUGCCUACUGAACUUCAAUCAAAAUAUAAAGGUAAAUAAGGUUGAUGUUUCACUCGAAGAUAAGAGAAAAGAUACUUAUGUCCCUCCACCACCACCUGCAUACUUAGCUUACAGUGGAGCAGGCGCUUCAAUGGGAGGAGCUGAUGGAGUUGGAUUAGAAGUAAACAAAGAAACUGGAAUGCCAGUAGUUAACGAAGAUGAGGACACAACUUCUCUUCAAAUUAGAUUCCAUAAUGGAGAGAGGCAGAUUGUCCCAUUUAAUUUGACCCAUACUGUAGCAGAUAUUCAUACUUAUCUAAUGCAAGCAGCUCCUGUUGAUGGAAGUUAUCAGCUUGUGACAGGAUUUCCUCCUAAACCGAUUGAUAAUCCAGAUCAAACUAUUGAGGAAGCUGGGCUAAAGUCUGCAGCCAUAACCCAAAAGAUUAUAUAAUUACAUAUCUAGCAGUUCAAAAUUU